CGCCGCGGAAAUAUUCUAGAGCCCUCGCGAUCCCUCACGAGCUGAACCUUCCUCCAACCCCACUCCCCUCCGUUUUAAUCCUGCCGCCGCGCAACCGCUGCUGCAGCAUCCGCAGUUCGGCACGCAGACCCACGGCCAUUGCGACCCGACCGAUCCGCGGUUCGAUUCGCUGAGACCACCGCCACCGAGCAAGCGAGGGGGGGGCGGAGCGGCCGGGCGCGCGGUGGAGACGGCCAUGGACGCAACGGCGGCAGUGCUGAAGCGGAAGGGCGCGGAGGCGCCGGAGCCGUGGGCCCCCGUCCCCGCCACCAAAAUCCGCCGACUCGUACGCGCAUGCAGCCCGCUCUCACUCUCCUUCUCCUUCUCCUCCGUCGUUGCUUCCGGUGGGUGGGGCUGCUAACGCGCGGUGUUUGGGUUGGGUUUGUGCAGGACGCGGAGGCGCGGCCCGUCGAGUUCGGCGUCGGCGCGCCGCUUGUCGGGCCCGGCGCGGGCGUGCCGCCGCCGCCGCCGCAACAGGCUUUCGGGGUGGAGGCGGCGCCGGCCGUGGACGCCACGCUGCCGGUGCUGAAGAGGAAGGCCGCGGAGGGGCCGCAGCCGUGGCUCGACGUCGACGGGGUAACUCCACCCGCCCCUAAGAUCCGCCGACUGGACGCGGAGGUGCCGCCUGUCGAGGCCGCUGUGAGCGCGCCGCUCGUCGAGCCCGGCGCGAGCGUGCCGUUCGUGGCGGAGGAGGUGCUGAUGAGCGGCGCCGUGGCGCCGGCGGCGGCCGCGGCGGCUGGCUUGGCUGCGCCGGCGGGGAACGACGAGCGGGCGAUCGUGGUGUACCAGCCCGCCGAGGCCGCGCGCAGCCUCCUGGAGGGCCCGCUCCGCCCGGGGCCUACUCUCCGCGUCAGCCCCGACUGGAUCCACGGGCUCAGGAGCACCAUGCUGCAGGAGGCGAGCAACCACCGGGCUCUGUUCGAGGAGCUGGCCGCCAGGGACGAGAACCUCAACCUGGCCGUGGUCCCGUGGUCGCCCGCCGAGGUCCACGCCCAUGCCGCCUCCAGGUCCGCGGCGACGGCUGACGAGAUGAUGGACGCUGAUCAGGACGGCGACGGCGCGUCCAUGGAGGUCGAGCACCAGCCCACGCCCCCUGCAGCUGGCGUCGCGCUUCAGGGUGAGGCGUUCCACCACCAGCAGCAGCAGCAGUGGCCGCCGCAGCACUGCGUGGCGCCGCAGCAGGUGCAGCUCCCGGCGGCGAGCUACCAGCCAAGCCCGGUCACGUGGUCGUGGUGAACGGCGCUAAUCAGAGGAGGAGGACAUGUUUGUGAAUACGGAGUAGCGAUUAUGAUACUUGCUCCGGUUGCUCUGCUUGAUUUUUGGGCUGUGGAAAGCGUGAGCCGCCGAGCAGAGGAUGUGAUUUUGGGUAGAUCAUGCCACACGUUUUUCGCCCGAGGCGACGAUGGUUUUGUACUUGUAGUAUGUGGCCUGCUGGGAUCGGUGAAGUGAGCGGCGGCGCAUUCGAUCAUGUUGAUACCUCUUUCUCGUCAAGCCAACUGAUGUUUCCUUCUCAAAGUUUGAGAAGGCCUAUGACCCUAUGUAUACACUUCCAGAUAACAUGUCCGUGGUGAAAUUGAA